CCUCCUUACCUCUUCCCAAGCAGAGCACAUGUCUCCGUAGUACUACAGAGGAGGAAAAGGAGGAGGGAGAAGGGGAGGAGGAGGAGGAGGAGGAGGAUCAGGAUCCUUUAGGCAAGAGAGAACCCUUUCAAAGUUCCACGCGGCAGUCUCUCCUUGCCACUGGGGACAGGCACAGCCCCUGCUGCUCUGGCCUACAAAUGUCCCACUGGAUGAAUUGCUAAACUGUCACCUGCUUCUGAGCAUUGUUCAACCUGGCGGGAUCCUCAGAACCGGGAGGUUAGCAAAGACAGCUGAAGCCGACUUGUGCAGGAUUCCCCUGGCUCUUCUGUGACCUCCUCUCCCUGGUAGCCUGUGUUCUGGGCCUCACCUAAACAAGUCUGAGUAGGAACAAGCCAUCUCUUCCAUCCAUAGCCAUGAAUUUCCUCCGGCGGCGCCUCUCCGACAGCAGUUUUGUGGCUAACCUUCCCAAUGGCUACAUGACAGACCUGCAGCGCCCAGACAGCUCCACCAGCUCCCCUGCUUCCCCAGCCAUGGAGAGGAGGCAUCCCCAGCCCCUGGCAGCCUCCUUCUCCUCUCCAGGAUCCAGCCUCUUUAGUUCCUUCUCCAGUGCCAUGAAGCAGACCUCACAAGCCCCCUCGGGGCUGAUGGAGCCUCCAGGUCCCUCUGCUCCCAUUGUUCAAAGGCCCAGGAUCCUAUUGGUGAUCGAUGAUGCCCACACAGAUUGGACCAAGUAUUUUCAUGGAAAGAAGGUGAAUGGAGAGAUUGAGAUCCGAGUAGAGCAGGCUGAAUUCUCAGAGUUGAACCUAGCUGCCUAUGUUACUGGGGGCUGUAUGGUGGACAUGCAAGUCAUGAGAAAUGGGACCAAGGUUGUGAGAUCCUUCAAGCCAGACUUCAUCCUGGUCCGUCAGCAUGCCUACAGCAUGGCCCUGGGUGAAGACUACCGAAGUCUGGUCAUUGGCCUCCAGUAUGGAGGGUUGCCUGCUGUCAACUCUCUCUACUCCGUCUACAACUUCUGCAGCAAGCCCUGGGUGUUCUCUCAACUCAUUAAGAUCUUCCAUUCCUUGGGUCCUGAGAAGUUCCCACUUGUGGAACAAACAUUCUUUCCCAACCAUAAGCCAAUGCUCACAGCGCCCCACUUCCCUGUGGUGGUCAAGCUGGGACACGCCCAUGCCGGAAUGGGAAAGAUCAAAGUAGAAAACCAGCAUGACUACCAGGACAUCACCAGCAUGGUGGCUAUGGCCAAAACCUAUGCCACCACUGAGGCCUUCAUUGACUCCAAGUAUGACAUCCGCAUCCAGAAAAUUGGAUCCAACUACAAAGCUUACAUGAGAACCUCCAUCUCUGGAAACUGGAAGGCCAACACAGGCUCUGCCAUGCUGGAGCAGGUGGCCAUGACAGAGAGGUACAGGCUGUGGGUGGACAGCUGCUCAGAAAUGUUUGGCGGCCUGGACAUCUGCGCCGUCAAGGCCGUCCACAGCAAGGACGGCAGAGAUUACAUCAUUGAGGUGAUGGACAGCUCAAUGCCCUUGAUUGGAGAGCACGUGGAAGAGGACAGACAGCUGAUGGCUGACCUCGUUAUCUCCAAAAUGAGCCAACUCCUGAUACCGGGUGGCACAGUGCCCUCACCCCUGAGGCCUUGGGCUCCACAGUCCAAACCAGCAAAAUCCCCCGGGCCGGCCCACAUGGGACCUCUGCUUGGACAGCCCCAGCCACGGCCACCUACACAAGGGGGCCCUCGCCAAACUCCGACCCAGCAGCCCGUGCGAUCCGGAAGCCCGUCCCAGCAGCGGCUCUCCCCGCAAGGCCAGCAGCCCCUGAGCCCCCCAUCCGGAUCUCCACAGCAGCAGAGAUCACCAGGCUCUCCGCAGCUGUCCCGGGCUUCCAGUGGCACGUCUCCAAACCAGGCCUCCAAGCCAGGCGCCCCCCUCACCUCCCAGCCCCGCCCCCCUGUUCAAGGCCGAAGCGUCUCCCAACAGGGCGAAGAGUCCAAGAAGCCAGCACCACCUCAUCCUCAUCUCAACAAAUCCCAGUCCCUGACUAACAGCCUCAGCACAUCUGAUGCUUCCCAGCGCGGGACCCCAAGUGAAGACGAGGCCAAGGCUGAAACCAUCCGCAACCUGAGGAAGUCCUUUGCCAGCCUGUUCUCUGACUAACCCAGCCAGGGCUGGGACAGGGGAGUGCUCCGUUCCACCCGCCCUUCUCCUGUCUCACCUUCCUUCUCAGCCUUGGUUCCCGAUGGGAACAGAAUGGAGGGACUGAGAAUAUACUCUCUAAAUGCCUUUGACCCAGGAACUGAGUAUGUAUACGUGUUCCCCCUCCCUUUACCAUGACAUUCCAGCGUCAGCCAACUCAGUAGUGGGCCUUUGAGAGCCUCCAGGUUCCUCAGAUCAGGCCCUAAAGGCAUCACAUCACCCUGCCCACCCACAUGCUUGCUCCCCUGCCUCAGAUAACCAAGUGAAAUGUCUGUGUGUGGCUAGUUUUCCCAUUUCUUGUUAGUGUUUUGCUUGCCUUCAGGCAAAGGCCCCCUCUAGGCCUGGCCCGCCUUCCAUCAGGUGCAGGCACUGGGACCUCAGUGACAUUGGAGGCAAUAAUCCUCUGACAGUGUUUUGCAAACAGAAGGAGAAAAGCCCAGCCAGGGGCACCUACUACCUAGCCAUGCUAACUCCAUCCAGGCUCAAGAUCACCCCUCAGACCAGCCAGGCUGAACCCCAUCCCACGUGGCCACCGGUGGGAUCUAGAGAACCGUGGAAAGAAAUCAGAUCCUGUGUGACAAGUGGGGCCUUCCAGAACACAACAGAAAUGGAGGGGAAGUCUUGAAGAGCUGCUCACGCCCAGAUUGGACAGCCAAGAGCAGACCACAGGUUCUUUGAUGAAUCAUCUCUAGUUCCAAGAGGAGGAAAAUGCCUUCAACUUCCCAAGGUGGGAGUCAGCUUAGGGCUCCUCCAAGCCAUUCUGUGUUACACCACGAGUAACUCUGAAUUCCCGCCAGGAACGCUGUCCCCUCCUCCAAGAUAGAGGACGAGCCAGAGAGAGUCCGCGAAUCAGUGGCUCAGGCUGAGAAAGGGCUGUGACAGCAACUUUGAGGCUGGCAUGUCCGGGGCUGUUGCCAGCAAGGCCCGGUAGGUUACUCAGUUAUAAAAGGGUCCCAUGGUCAAAUAUGUUUAGGAAACACUGUUUCUAUUUCUUGUUUUGAGGUUGGUAGUACACAUUACAUGUCAAAGGCCCUCCGGCCUCCUGCAGUAAAGAAAUGAGCUUUUACCUUGCUUAACCCAAACUUAUCUGACAAUACCAGUUCCCUGCAGAACUGGCAAAGGUCCCGACUCCUUUCCCAAAGCUCUUUCCCUACAUCAGACUGCCUCCCGUAAUCAGACGGGAGGGCUGCCCCCAGUUACCACGCACCCGGUGCUAUAAACAUUGCAGGUGCCAGAACCAGCCUCCUGGGCUUGAAAAGAGCCCAGGACGUUAGAACAUAGUCACCGCGCUCUCCCCUUACAGCCUACUUUGUGACUUGAGACAUGUCUUCCCCUCCCUGUUGACAGAGAAAGAGAGAGGGAGGUGACACUGAACUUUUCCUUGGCCUGGAGCUACAUUCUAGAGGAGAGGAAGCUUGUAGGACAGGGUGUACCACCGCCACCAAGCCCACAUGAUUGGAAGAUCAGGAACACAGAAAACACCCGAGGCAAUCAUCACUCACUUGCAUGGGAGAUUCAGAUCUGAAAAAGUCAACCUCACUUGAUUCUCACUUAGUAAUUAAUCAAAUGCAACCCAAAACACACAACAGAGGGGUCAUAGGCCAGACAAAGUUUCUUGAAGUGUGGGCGCAGCUAGCUUCAUUUCAGACCAAAGGAGUCAGGAUUUCUGGUCAUAAGGCCC